UCGAUCACCAGGGCUGAACCUCAGCAGAGAUAGCAGCAAGCAGGCAUCUCCACGCUGCGCAGGCUAACUCGCUUUCGGCUUUGGUUCGAGAUGGAGGCUCGUAGGACCAUGAGGAGCUCCCGUGCCCACAACUUCAAGAGUGGACUGACCCUGUGGCUGAUUCUGUGGCUGGUGGUGGUGAAGCCAGGCGGGUUGGCCGCAUGCCCCAGACUGUGUGUGUGUUACCCUACGCCCAUGACGGUCAGCUGCCAGUCCCAGAACCUCACCAUAGUGCCGGCUGGUGUGCCCUAUGACUCGCAGCGUGUUUUUCUGCAGAACAACCGCAUCACAGAGCUUCGCGCAGACUCUUUUGGCUUUGAAACUCAGGUGCUGUGGCUAUACGGCAACAACAUCACAUGGAUCGAGGCCGGGGCCUUCAGUAACCUGAGGGUUCUGGAGGAGCUGGAUCUGGGUGAUAACCCCCUUCUGCGGCGCCUGGAAGGUGGAGCAUUCAGGGGAUUGGAGAAGCUGCAGAGCCUGCACAUGCACCGCUGCAAGCUGGCCGCUCUCCCCCAUGACCUGUUCCACAAACUGUACAGCCUGCAGUUUCUCUACUUGCAGGAGAAUCAGCUCCACUUUCUGCAGGAUGACCUCUUCUCAGAUCUGGUCAACCUCACCCAUCUCUUCUUACACGGAAACCGCAUCCGUGCCCUUUCUGAGAAUGCGUUCAGAGGCCUGGUCAACCUGGACCGCCUCCUCCUCCACGACAACCGCAUCAGGCAGGUCAACCGUCGUGCUUUCCGUGACCUGGGCCGCCUGACCAUCCUUUACCUUUUCAACAACACCCUGGCCGAGAUGCCAGGCCAGGCCAUGAAAGACGUCCAGGGCAUCCAGUUCCUGCGUCUGAAUGCUAACCCUUGGUCCUGCGGUUGCGAAGCUCGUCCCCUGUGGGAGUGGUUCCGCAAAGCCCGCAUUGCUUCCUCCGACCUCAUGUGCACCUCCCCAUCCCAGCGUCAGGGCCAAGACCUCAGAUUCCUCCGGGAGCUGGACUUCGCCCUCUGCCCCCUGGCUGACCCCGGCUCCAUGGCUGGAACCACCACGACCACCUUCAGCACCAAGACCCGCUGGUGGUUCUCCAAAAACAAGCCCGCAUCUUCGUCCAAGGCCCUGCACCAGAAGAGCUCAGAGACGGUGAAGGCCUUCCCCUUCGCCGCUGUAAAGCCUCAGUACCUCCCCAAGACCCCCGUCGAAUCCAUCCCUUCCAAGUAUGAACUGUCGGCCGAUGAAGCGGCACUCCCCAAGCUGGACCCAGAAGAAUACUGGGCCAACUACGGCAACGAAGACGCCUCCGUCCCCUGCUUCGAGCUGGAGUGCCCCCAAGGCUCGGACAACCCAGCAUUCCCUUCAUCCUCCCUCUCACUCAUCACUCCAUCCGUUCUCCACCUCCUGACCCUCUCCAUAGUCACCUUCUCCCUUCAUCUCCUUUUUGGCUGAACCCUUGCCUCCUCCACUCCUUUUUCCUCCUCUAAACUCUCCCCCUGCUCUUUCCUACUCUAACAUAAACCUGGAUCUUGAUUCCUUUCAGCCACCUCCUCGAGGUGCUAUACUGCAGGAGACAGGCGAGGCAGCAGGGAGCUUACCUAAAGAGCAGAGAUCAUUAAAGCUGACGUAGAGCAGGACAGGACUUCAGUAUCGAAGUAGCUGCUGCUUAGUGGUUCAGACUUUGAAAGCAUCAGAGAUAACAUCAUGAAAACUGAUUCUAAUAUCAACAGUCUCAAGGUAAAAACCUACAACGGUUUUGUGAAAUGACCCUGUGCAGACAGCUAUGGGGUCUCAAGAUGUUUUUUGAUAUCACAGCUGUAAACAACGCAGGCGUUGGGAAUUAUCAACAGCUACAACAAGUACUCACCAUCCAAUCAUUGCUAACAUUAUCCGUCAUUGAUUUACCUUUAUCAGAGAGAUUUAAAGGUUUACAUGGCAUCGCCAGAAGUAGGAGAAAGAGGUUGAUCAACCCAGAUAACAAGAGGCGGUCGAGGAAAGAAAAGAGAAUUAAAGUGAAAAGAAAAUCAAUACAAUGUGAGGAGAGCGAGUUUUAGAUACAUAUCCAAAGGCAGAAAAGGACGAGAGGAUCGUUAUAUCUGCAGCCAAGGCUCCUCGCCUCCUUCAGAUUCAAACUCCUGUGUGAGAUGCCAGCAAACAUCCACCACCCACAUCAUCACUGUAUAUACACCCAUCACACACCGCUCUGUAUUUUAGCUGGCUUUGUACUUUCCUUUUUGUACCAUUUAGUAAACGACAGCUUGUGGUGACAGAGAGAUAGUAAGAACGUAAAUCGAAGGGCAAACAACUGAAAUAUGGAAACUUCUUCUCACCCCUUGUGUUUUCUAGUCUCUUCCUCUUUCAGAAAAACUUGUCCUGACUUCCCAGACUGAAUAAAGAAUCAAAAAUCAAUGUGUUUAGAGCAUUGAUGGUAUAGAUUCAACAUAUCAGAGCUCACUGUCAACAUGAGCAGAGUGAUAGAUAAAGAGAUGCUUAGUAAAGACGACGUGUUUCGCUCGUCAGACUGUUUUGUGUGUGUUUUUUUUUGUUUUGAUUGUGGUUGUGUGUGAGUGAAAGUGUUUUGAGGAGGUGACCUCUUCUGUGUGUGUCUGUGUGUCUGUGUGUGUGUGUGUCCUAAAUGCACUAAAUUCAUAUGACUUAGACCCUGAACUGUUUCAAAAAUGCGCCGGAAUGUGAGUUGAUGUUUUUUUAUCUUCUGAACAUAUUUAAUAAAUCCCAGGGUGUCACCUGGUUUCAAUGACUCAUAUCUGUGUUUUAUUCUCACACAAACAAUAAACACAUCAAAACAACGAAACUGUCACACAUAAAACCAUCUCUUGAGAUGACAACCUCUCUGACUACAGUGAGUCUUUUUGGGUGUUUACCCAUCUGUCCAACACAAUGCCAAUCCUGAUUGAGAUGUGGAUUAUUCAUGCCGACCAUAUGCUCCUCCUCAACCCCAGAUGUUAACAUCUGACUCAUAACUGUGACGUUCUGGAUAGAACAUGAA